CAUAUUCUCUCUCCUAUGAAAAAAAGCUCAUAAAAAAGAAAGACAAAAAAAGGAGUCUUGACGCUCUCACCACCCUUCUGUCGCCCCCACCCCGCCAAACUCUCACCUCCUCCGUUCUCAACUCCCGCUUUAACCUACAACUACCCCCAAAUCCAUAACACCCCCAUAUUUUACACCUCUCUCGCUCUUUUACUGCUGAUAAUUUCGUGGAUUGCGAUUCGUUUUUGGGUCUCUGGUUCGAUUCAAGCAUCAAAAAUCUUGAAAGUCUCUUACCCCCAUGUGGUUAUCGCGCAGAAAAUCGAUUCCUCGAACUCCCUCAAAUUCCUCAAAUUUCUCUUUCUCCUCCUUCAAAGAUAUCCAAAGCCUCUGCGCCGCCGACUACGUUUCCGACCCACAACACCCUCAACCCAAAAAACCCAGCUCCAUUUUCCACCGAGUACGCCUCGCCAACCUAGUGCUUCGCUCCCUAUCAACCCAACGCAGACUCGAAAAUGCCUCACCGUCGAACGAUGCGGUCAAGCCAUCUGAGCCGUCGAUCUCUCUUCAGGGAGCCGAGAAUCGCAUAGUGGUGUACUUCACGAGCCUCCGCGUGGUCCGAUCGACAUUCGAGGACUGCAACACUGUCCGAACGAUCCUACGCGGUUUCCGCGUGAAGAUCGACGAACGAGAUCUCUCAAUGGACCCUUCAUUCUUGGAGGAGCUGCAGAGGAUCCUGGGCCAGCUUGAAAAGACGAAAUUGACUCUGCCCAGGGUUUUCAUCGGCGGUCGAUAUAUCGGUGGCGCGGAUGAGAUCAGGCAGCUCCACGAGACCGGCGAGCUGAAGAAAUUCGUGGAAGGAUUGCCGGCGGCGCAGCCAGGCACUUGCGAGGCAUGCGGUGGGUACAGAUUUGUCCUCUGCGACGAGUGUAGCGGAAGCCACAAGUGUUACAGCGAGAAAAUUGGGUUCAAGAGUUGUACGGCUUGCAAUGAGAAUGGUCUCAUCAGGUGCCCUUCUUGUUCUUCUGGGCCACUCUGAAACUUUUCAUAUUUAGAAGAAAAAAAAUAUAUAUAUAUAUGUGAGAGAGACAGAAAAAGAGAGAUUAAAAAAAUUGGGAGGUGAAAAGGUUGCACUUCUUUUUCUUUUUCUACAGUUGGGUAAUUUCAGUUAAAUAUUGUAGUUUUUAUUGGUGGCUGUAUUUGCUAGGACAGGGUAAUUUUGAUGCAAAUGCACAAUUUGGGUUAAGAAAGAGAAGGGGUGGGGGGAAGGGUUGGGUUGGAUGGAAACCCAUUAUCCUUUUCUUUGUGAAGUAGUGAAAUGUGGGAAUGUAGGAUCAUCUAAUGUUCUUUUUAAGGUGGAUGUGUUUACAAUGGAAGAUCUUUCUUUUAAGAUGGAAGAGGUGUCUACAUGAAAACUUUAGGAUAUUAGGGUUCUCACUUUUGCUUUUGAUAUGUUCUUUGUUUUUUGGCAAAUUGUUCUUGAUAUGGUUACAUGGUUCAGGAAUU